CUCCACCAUCAUAUAACAGGAAAGACUGAACGGCUAACAAGCUCGACCAAAAGCAACUUUGAAUACGUGAUCGACCUGUACUGCUAACGAUGACGAGCGCAAAAUCUCGGCACGAUUACUACCAAACGGACCAGGUCGUGCACCUGUCCAUCUAUGCGAAAGGCUUGACGAGGCCAGAAGUCAGCGUCAAGAUCGAGAGCCAUGCUUUGAAUGUGCAGAUCCGGCCUUCUGACACGCAGAAGGAUGCAAAUGAGCUCGUCAUUGAUCCACUGUUUGCGGAGGUGGAUGGCGAAAAGUCGACGUUCGAUGUCAAGGCCAGCAAGAUUGAGGUGCACUUGGUCAAGAAGGCGAGCGGACAGUGGUCCGCCUUGCAAGGCACCUCGACCAGCCCCUCCGGCUCUUCUCCCAGUCAGGCCACUGUCACAGCGCCACAGAAUUUCGCAGCUUCAUCAACGUCGGGUAUCAAGGCACGUCGAUCCAAAUGGGACUCAUUCACCGACGACGCAGACGAACCAUCUCAAAGCCAACAAGGGUCAACAUCUGACGACAAGACUUCCACAAAGGAAGGAGGCCAAGAUGGCAAUAUUGACGCAUUCUUUCAAAAGCUCUAUGCCGAUGCCGACGACGAUACGAGAAGAGCCAUGCAGAAGAGCUUUGUGGAGAGCGGAGGUACGGCUUUGAGCACAAAUUGGAAAGAUGUGGGAACGAAAAAAGUGGAUGUCGUCCCUCCAAAAGGAGUAGAGGCGCGUAAAUACGAGCAAUGAAUGACGUUGGACUGCUCGACGACGCCUUUACAUGGGCGAGAAAGACACUACGUCACGAGAAUCUCGAGCAUACCGAAGUUCGACGACGAUGGUAUUGCCGUCGGCAGUGCUGCCCUGAGUCUCCAAGGUCACCUCCUGUUAGCCAAAUUGGCAACUUCCUCCUCCGACAGCCCUUCCAGCCUGUAGCAACAAGCAAACCAUCAGCAUCUUCACUGGGACCGCGG